AUGUCUAGCAGUGGUUCCCUUUCAACAGCAAAUGAGACGAGUCGUGCACAACAAGAACAGAUGAAGAUACCUCAUGCUCCACUUCUAGCCGGUGGAGGAUCGUCCUGUUCCACUUCAGCUUCCGCUGCUUCACCAGCAGCAGCAUCGAGUAAAGCGUGUGCGUUAGGUGAAAGGAACACAUCAGGCGGCGCCAGCUGCGUCGUGUCCGAGACAGCACGCUGCAAGAACCUGUCGGUGCGCAAGUCGCUGUACUACGUAUCAGGGGUCGCAGUUCUGCGCAAUGCCCUUUCGCUUGUCUUAUGGUUGCAUAUUGUGACUAGAACUGAAGAUGUUCUCUCUGCUUAUAAGUUAAGUCAUCCUCUUCAAUUCUGCUAAUUUUCUACCAACAGUGUUGAAGAUGUUGAUCGCUCGACGAGGGGUUCAAGUUCUUCUAAUUUUCUACCGGCUGUUGAAGAUCAUUGCUCGACGAGGGGUCUUACCGGCAAGUCGUUUGGUCAUUCACGUCCUUGAAGCUGCUUUUCCGGACGAUGGAGCUGCUCUGGAAGAUGACAAACACUCCGAUGAUGCUAGCUUUCAUGAUAGUAGAGAAUAUGAUGAAGAUGAGUAAGGUUAAAGAGGCUUCAUCGUCGAAGAUGUUAGUAAGUAGAUUGACAUGGAGAAUGAGAAGCUGGGUUGGAAGGGCAAGGGUAUCGCAGGUUAUUUUGAAGAUGAUAGGACAAUGAAUGUCACAGUACAACUGACGAGAUUUUUAACAUGUUGUACAUGAACAUUUUAGAAAGACUAUGGAUACACGACGACGACGACAGGACACACACUGCACGUCCUAACGACAGAACACACACUGCACGUACUAGGGUUAUUAAUAGCACACAAUUUCAUCUUAGGAGCCUAAUUAGCAUAAAUUCUUGAGUAAUAUGACUACCAUUACGAGCAGCUUAGCAGCAUUAUUUACGAUAUUAUUUAGACACCAAAAUAGCGGUAGAAGAGAAAGAAAAAACCAGCAUCGUCGAAUCAUUCGGUUGAAAUCAACAACUCGAACUCCCUGUUGCCGCAUAUAAUAAGUAUUUCUUUGGACGAUUGCGAUGAAGCACUUGAAUUUUAUCCGUCUUGAUGAGAAUAUGAAUAAGUAUGUCUUGGAGGUAAGAGCACUUUUGGACCAGAGCAGCAUAUAGAAGAGUGCCGGCUUUUGAAAAUAUUGCACUUGGAUCUUGUCUGCAAAAAGUAGAGAAAAUUCAGCCACUACAGCAAGUCAGAAAACCCUGGCCAAACUGG